AUUCCCCAUGGACCCUUACCAGCCCACAGAUUAACACGGAGAAACAGUGUGUAGAAUCCAUGCUCCGAUUUAAAUACCCGGUCAUAGCUCAACUUCCCUCACACGACUAUCUAUCACUCCCCAAGCUUCAUCACCGCUAGCGGGCAUAGCGUCGCAUAAUUUUUACUUAAAUCUUACGAAUCUCAUAACUCAUGGCUGCUUCUGUUGCAUCUCAUAUCCCAUUGGCGCUGUCCUUGCUACACACCGUAGCGACGCAGUAUCCUGGACUGACCAAGUCUCAGCCUACUACGAAUGUUAAUACUGCUCCGUCAGUACCUUCCGUACCCGCACCUGCAGCCACACUUCCUGUUGCUCUUCCCGGAUCCGGAUCUGGAGCUGGCAAUGGAAGCGGUACGGGUACUGCAGGUCAGACUAAUGGUCAGGCAUCCGGAACUACAGGAACAACGUCGGGAGCAGGAACAAGGGUAGGAGCACCACUGGCGACGCCUCCAGCGAGCUCGAAUAAUUCUUCUACUUGUGAGCAUUGUCGUUUGAAGCCGAAAUAUAACGACGGUGUCAAGACCCAUUCUUACUGUUCCAAGAGCUGUGCUACUAAUGCAAAACUUGCAAACGGAAACCAGAAGGCACCUCGAGGACAUCAACAUGGAAGCACCACCCCAUCCGGGAACUGUGAUUUUUGUCACAAUCGACCAAAGUUUCCUGGUCAUCCUUUCUGUAGCAAGGCCUGCGCAAACAAUGCUAGCUCAAGUUUGCAUACGGGCGGGAACCCGAAAGGGACUUGUCAAGCUCCAGGAUGCUCGAAACCGACUCAUGUCAAUAAGGACGGAACAUGUGGAGACUAUUGCUCGUUAUCCCACAAGACGCUUGGAGAAACACUUUGCAUCAUGUGUCUCAAGGCCGCUAAGCAGACUAAUUCACACUUUUGCAGCAAAGCGUGUGCGGACAAUGCAGAAAUGAAGGGUCCAAUGAUUCUGGAAGUCCCUGCAGGUCAUGUAACUUUCAAAGAUGUCUCGGAUCAAUUCAAAGCUUCCUGGAGACAUGUGGGCGCGAAAUGUCCUCCAGUGAAACGUAUCUACAAAAUCGUUUCCCCGCAGUCAUCUCUGGCAUCGUAUAAUGCAUACAAGGCCUCAGUCGAAGCCCGAGGGAAAUUUAGUGCCGCCGGACGGAGCGCAGGAAAUGAAAAUCGACGAUGGCAUGGGACGAAGCGCGAGUGUCAUCUUGGGGACAAAGGAUACACACAAUUCUGUGGUUCGCAAACAUGUUCCUUGUGUUGCAUCGUGAAGACGUCGUUCGAUUUGAGCCUUUUUGGGAAGAAGACCGGAUGGGGCAGGUUUGGCAAAGGAAUAUAUACGUCCUCAACAUCGUCCAAAUCAAACGAUUACUCCACUAAUGAAUGCCGUUCUUCACUCAAGGCCAUCUUAUUGAAUAAAGUCAUCGUUGGGAAAGGAUGCAAGCUGACGCAGGACAAUGUAUCGCUCACAACACCUCCCCAGGGAUAUGAUUCCGUCCUUGCGGAAAAGGGAGGAAGCCUGAACUAUGAUGAGCUCGUGGUAUACACGAAUGAUGCUAUUCGACCAUCAUUUCUUGUUAUGUAUGAGGCUUGAUUUGAGUAAUAUCCCCAGCCCUCAAUCUUAUAUGUUAGUAAAAUUAAAUAUCUUAAAUAGCAUCUGCAGUUUUGUACCGAAUG